UUGCUUCCAUUCUACACAACGCCAGGGUGUCUGCCUGUUGCUUCUAGAGUACUGGGUCUCUGGCCAUUGUGUAGUCAUGCCUGACUUUUAUACAAUUCUGCUGGGGGUCUUGAUCCUUCUCCCUCUGCUGGCCAAUAUUUUCUUCCCCUAUCUUUGGCUGGACCUGGGCUUCUUCUUCUCUUCCCUGUGGAAAGGAUACAAGUACGAAAAGUGUAUGCAACGUAGUACACCUUUCACCCUCCUGGAUGUUUUCUUAGCCAAGGUCCUGAAACACCCGGAGAAGCCUUUAAUUCUCUUUGAAGAGGAAAUUUAUUCCUAUCGGGACAUCGACAGACGUAGCAAUCAAAUGGCCAGAGUGCUGAAGGACCACAUGAGGCUGAAAGAAGGGGAAACGGUGGCUGUUUUCUUGAAGAACAUCCCUGCCUAUAUCUGGGUCUGGAUGGGCUUGGAGAAGAUUGGCUGUGCCAUGGCAUGCAUCAAUUACAAUAUCCGAUUAAAGUCUCUGUUGCAUGUCUUAAGAUCCUGCAGCGCCAAAGUGCUCCUGACAACUCCAGAUUUCAAACAUGCCAUUGAAGAUGUUCUGCCUACUUUAAAGGAUGAAGGGAUGCAAGUUUUCUAUUUGAGUGAUGAUUCCCCAUCUGAGGGCGUGGAGGCACUGCUUGGACAGAUUAAAUUGAGCUCAGCUGAGCCUGUGCCCACUUCCUACAGAGCCAAUGUAACAGCUAAAUCUACAGCUCUGUAUAUUUUUACCUCUGGGACCACAGGAUUACCAAAAGCUGCUGUCAUCAACCAGAGGAAGGUGCUCAUGGUGUCCCUCAUAUUCUCCUUGUGUGAAAUCAAUGCCAAGGACAUCAUUUAUACGCCGCUCCCACUGUAUCAUUCAGCUGCACUUCUUAUUGGAAUUGCAGGAUGCUUGGAGGUUGGAGCUACCUGUGUCUUAGGGCCAAAGUUCUCUGUUUCCAAUUUCUGGAACAACUGCAGGCGAUAUAAUGUUUCUGUGAUCCAAUAUGUGGGAGAAACAAUGCGCUAUCUAUGUAAUGCACCAAAGAAGGACAAUGACCGUGAUCACAGCGUGAGACUGGCCAUAGGCAACGGCAUGAGGAAAGAGGUCUGGAAAGAAUUUCUCUCCCGAUUUGGAUGCCUUAAGAUCUAUGAGUUCUACGGAGCUACAGAAGGGAAUAUUGGCUUUGUUAACUACACUGGAAAAGUUGGGGCUGUAGGAAGGACUCAUUUCCUCCAUAAGAAACUGGCAAAGUUUGAAUUAAUUAAAUACGAUAUUGACCAGGAUGAGGUUGUGAGGAAUGAAAACGGAUACUGCCUCCCGGUGGCCCCAGGUGAAACAGGUUUACUAGUGUCCAAGAUCACUGUGAGGACUCCAUUCCAUGGCUAUGCAGGAGACCCUCAGAAAACAAAGAAAAAGAUUCUCCAGGAUGUCCUAGAGAAGGGAGACAGCUACUUCAACAGUGGUGACCUCUUGAUGCAAGACCAUGAUGGCUUUAUAUAUUUCCAGGACCGAGUGGGAGAUACUUUCCGAUGGAAAGGGGAGAAUGUGGCUACUACAGAAGUUGAGACAAUCCUUGCUAUGCUGGAAUUUAUUCAAGAAGUCAAUGUGUAUGGAGUACCAGUGCCAGGGCAUGAAGGAAAGAUUGGGAUGGCAGCAAUACAACUAAAGGAGGGAGAGUCCUUUGAUGGAAAGCAGUUAUAUGCCCACACCAAGAAUUACCUGCCAAACUAUGCCAUACCUCACUUUGUCCGCAUCCGGGAGACCCUAGAGAUCACGGGGACCUUCAAGCUGUGCAAAAAUCAGCUGGUGAGGGAAGAAUUUGACCCUAUCACCAUCAGAGAACCCCUCUUUUUCCUGGACAACUCAGAAAAGAGCUACGUGCCACUGACUCCAGAGAUCUACUGUUCCAUCACAGAGAAGAAGCUGAAGCUCUAAAAAGAACUUCAAGAGAUAUCUUGCCAUCAUCUCUUGGUGGCAUUGCAACCCAGGAACAUAACAGCUUGAUGCUUCUUGAUUUGGAACUUGAUUUGACUUGACUCGAGUCAAGGAGUGGAGCAAUUACCUCAGAUUUUUUUUUUAAUUUGCCAGCCUGGGAUAUGUACGUAGCUUGCAUACCAAGUUUGGGGACCUUUAGAAAAGUUAAUUUCAUUUUACUUCUUUUGCUUUCCCUUAUAAAGAGCCCUUUUGUGCCCCCAUGAGCUGUUUGCUCUGCAGUGGAUGGAUAACUAUACAAGGAAUGGGUGUAUGCAUUAUAGGGUGUGUGAAACAGGCAUCCUCUGCCUCAAAAGUGUGUCAGACAAUGUGUUCCAUUUGAGUGCUUCACUAUGCCCAGCAAAGGCCAUGCACUCUGCCUGUGAAGGGUAGCUGAAACCGCUGGCUUCACCUUAAAGGAAGAUUCAUGCACCUUCAAUAUGAAAGGACAACAUAGACCUCCUGCUCCAUUUGCUGCUUGUAAUACACAUGCAUGCAAAUAUUAGUACCUAUACAGGUGUUGAAAGUCUAAUAGAGCCAAAGGCCAGGUGGGGAGCCUGGAAUCUAUUUUUAGAAACCAGAAUUGAUGUGAUGUUUCUCAUGGUCGGUUUUAAAAAUUAUUACAAGGAAUCAUGUCAUGUCAGUUACAAACCUAUAUGUAUAUAUGUUAUCAUUUAAAUUCAGAUAAACAGCUUCCAGCCUCAGAAAA